AUACGAUGUUAGUCGGUUGGGGACUGCGUAUGUAACAUUGCGCCCAUUGAAUAGUUUAGUUUAGUCGUUCGCGCGGCCGCAUAAUGUACAGACUUUUCUAUUGAGUGUCGCGGCGAAAGAAUCAGUGGAUUAUCCACCUUUUGGUCUUAGAAAAAAAAAAUGUUUAAAAUGUUUCGGAAUCAAUUUUAAAAAAUUCAACAAAACAUUUUGUAAAUAGAGAAAAAAAUCUCGGCUAAAGUGUGACAAAAAAAUGCGAAGAAAAUAAAGAUAAUUUAUUGCAAUUGAGCGUGAAUCAGUGAAAUUGGAGGAAAUCGCAGUUAAAGCAAAAGAAAUGUAUUCAGUGUCACUCAGUGCUUCUACUAAUAGGAUCACUGUGAAUUUAAAUCAAUCUUCAAUCGUUGCUAUUCGAUGAAUCUGUCGUCUAUAGCACAAAAGUACAUUACACCCAAUAAAUUGCUCAUUGUGCCUUCACAGUAGACUUCAAUAGUGUCAAUAAUUCUAAAAGUAAAGUGCCUCAGUUUUAAAUAAGGCUCAGUCAGAAAUAGUUGGUGUUCUAGCACUUUUGUUUGGUGACAUAUUUUAAGUCUACAUAACUUACACUUUGUAUUAUAUUACGGCGGUUUGAGUGAUUAGUUCUAAUCACUCAGGAUUUUUCAAAAUAGAACAUUCAUUGUGAGAAAGUAAAAGUGACAUUAGGAAUUCGAUAAUUAAAAAAAAAUGGAACAGGAUGAGAGGAUACUGCAGUAUAUCAAUACAACGUAAAACUUCCAUGUACUGUUUGCAUAUGUAUGCAGAUAAAAUCGCAUGUUUGCAAUAUAUGGAUAAAAUACGCAAAGUGUCGGAUUUAUGCUGAAAGAGUGAACUAUUAACUGGAAAAUAUGUGGUGAAGCAGAAAUGGAUAUAUGCACAAUUUACAGUGUUACAAGUUACCAUCGAAAUAAUCGUUAGGACAUUUAUCUGCAAAGAUUCAUCUAUCAUUUCAUCCUAUUCAGCAACUUAUCGACCAAUUACAAUACUGACGUCAUUGGAGAACCAAGUGAAAAUUGUAUGAAGAUUUUGUGAAAAUUAUCCCCUUACCCAGCAAGAGACUGCAUAAAAUGCAUCUAGUUGAAAACUCUUGCACAAGUUUGAUUUAGUGAGGAAGAGUAGUACACCGACCCAGUGAUAAGCGGAAAUAAAUCCAGUGGCAUUUUGGAAAAGAGUUCACAACUGAAUGGAAAUGAAAAAUCGCACGAAAAUAAAUUCCCCAAUAUCCAUUCCAGGACACACAAGUCCUAAAAAUGCAGCAUAUCCAUCUAUAUCAGCAGCCUAUUGGUUACCAGCACCAAAUCCGACACCAUACCUAAUCCCAGAUCGAAAGCUCUUUGUGGGGAUGCUUAGUAAAAAAUUCAAUGAGCAGGAUGUAAGGCAACUUUUCUCUGGCCAUGGAACCAUUGAAGAGUGCACUGUACUAAGGGACCAAAACGGACAAAGUAAAGGUUGUGCUUUUGUGACAUUUGCUACCAAGCAAGCAGCAAUAAGUGCUAUUAAGGGACUUCAUCAGAGCAAAACCAUGGAAGGGUGUUCAGCACCUCUUGUGGUAAAGUUUGCCGACACACAGAAGGACAAAGAGCAGAAAAGACUACAGCAAUUGCAGACAAAUCUCUGGAGUGUACCAGGUACAAAUGGCCUCUCCAUGCCUCUCACACAAUCUGCCACCACGAUAGCGUCACCUGUUCUGCCCAAUCCUCCGCAACAGCAGAGCCCAUUCUUGGCUGCUGAUGCUAUUCCUCCCUCGCAAACACUUCAACUGUUUCAGCAACUCCAAGGCCUCCAAACAGUUAAUAUUCAGCAACAAUUGCUUCAAGGUUUAGCAUCUCCUACCACGGAUCCGACUUCAGCUCCUUCAGCCGCUGGCCUCUUGGCACCAAUAUCCAUGCAAAACGUCGUUACCCUGGCUGCAAUGGGUCAUCCAGUGCCUCAGUCCACAUCCCCCCAGCCACCCACUUUAACAGCAAUAACGCCGAUAUCGGCCGCCACGGCAAUCGCGGGAAAACCACUUUGGACGGCAAACACUGAUAGCCUACCAGUAGCAUAUACAGCAGCAACAGGUCUUCCGGGAUUGGGUGCAGCAUCUGCUGCAGCAUUUCCUGCUCAGCUGGGUCCUGCAGCAAUUUCUUCCGUAGCUGGGAAGCAAAUUGAAGGUCCUGAGGGUUGCAACCUAUUCAUUUAUCAUUUACCGCAGGAAUUCACCGAUACGGAUUUAGCAUCGACAUUUUUGCCUUUUGGCAAUGUUGUAUCAUCAAAAGUUUUUAUAGAUAAGCAGACAAAUUUAUCAAAGUGCUUUGGUUUUGUUUCAUAUGAUAAUCCUAAUUCAGCUCAAGCGGCCAUACAAACGAUGCAUGGCUUCCAAAUCGGCUCUAAGCGACUCAAAGUCCAAUUGAAAAGAACCAAAGAAUCCACGAAGCCAUAUUGAAAAAGCACCUUUUAUCAUAUUUUUGCACAAAAUAUCUCAGUUAUUAAUGUUAAAUAUUGAUAAAAAUCAAUCAGAAAUCUUUAUUAAUUAAAUUUAUAAAAUUUGUUGCUAAAGCAUUAUCCACAUGUAACUAAAUAUUUAAUCCUACAAAAUAUUAGGUGAGAUUCUUCACAAUCUCAGCUACCAUGAUCCUUUUAUUAUUUGCUAAAAUGUGUUUCGCCACUUUAAUUAAGCCUUAUUUUAGGCCCAGCCGCCUAUCAAACAAAACAAUGCUUAAGUCGAUCAAUAACCCCUGACCCGAUGAGGUAUAAGGGGCCAAAGUUCCGAGUUUGCUCACGUUAAGAAUCUCACCUACAAUAAGCUGAUCUGGGCUUAUUACUAGCUUUUAGUACUUUUACGUUCUUUAUAUGUCUGGAGCUUUGAAAGCACUAAAUACCCAAAGCUCUAGCCCAUUAAAGAACGCAGUGCGGCUAAAAAUUAAAUAUUUAUUUACAUCUGCAUAAUGUUUAAUUCUUUAUAAAUUACAACGUGAGAAAAAUAGAAUACAGUGCCAGUAAAUCGAGUAUAUUAAAAAUGUUAAAAGCAAAUUAAGGCUUUAGGCACCUAAAGGAUAGUCUUUGUAGAAUUUCCAUAUUGUGUAGUGACCAAAAAUGAAUAGAAGUCAAGAAAAUCUAUGUACUUAAGUAGGAAACAGGUAUCUUCCAAUUUUAAGAGUAAUAAAAAAUACUAUGUACUUAAAUAUUAUUACUAGAAAACUAGAAAGUUAACAUAGGUCUUGAAAAUUUUGCAAUUACAUUUUAAAAUGAUGCAAAACGUUUUAUUUCUAAUGUAAUUUUUGUAGAACAAUUUUGGUUAAAACGACUUUGGCAUAAAUUGAUGAUGCGUAACCUAAAAAAUCUCAGACUUUCAAUGGAAGUAAUUUUGAAUUGUCAGAAUAAGCUCCGCCCUAAAAUCAUUUGAAGGCACACAUCAUUUAGAAAUUCCGACUAGAUACUGUGGUUUUCUAAAAUUUAAUUUUGCAAUUUGAAAAGUAAAAUUAAGCCAGGGACGUGGCCUAAUUGUGUCAGACCAUCUUCAGACCAGAGGUUUAGCCUAGUUCCCGAGGGUUUAAAAAAAUUAAAUAGAUUAGAUUAGAUUACAGUGGGGGCGGAUCCUCGCGGAACCGCUGCACCCAGGCCUCCUUUUGGGCCUAUUAUGCAUCCCCAUUUUAAUUUUUAAUUUAACACAAAAUUUAAAUAACAAACAGUUUUGUUGAUUUUUUAAAAUCAAAUCUUGUGUGAUAAGGAAUGACAGAAUUCAAGCCAUUUGGCUAAGCCUCAGGUCUAAAGCCCGAAUAAUACUUAACUUCCCUAACUGGUUGUUGGUCAAGGUUUUUGGGAAAAUUUUGAUUUAGGAUUAAAUAUUGAAAACAAAUGAUCAAUGAGACUUUCAAAAACAAGAAAAAGUGAUUGCUAUUUAGGAUUUUCAAACUUUCGGGAACUGGACUAAAUCUUAAGUCUGAAGAUUACUUAAGACCGUCUUCAGGCCACCGUUUCCGAGUGUCUCUAAACCUUUCAAAAUUUUUCAAAAAAUCCUGACUGAUAACAAAUUAGAUAAUUUGAGCCAUAUGGCUUAAGCCUAUGUCUGAAACCCAUAUAUAACGUAUAAGUUCAUUGGACUUUACCUUCAUACGAUUUUAUAUAAGAACCUUGCCCUGAAAAAUGCAUAACUAUUCAAUUAAAAUUUUCAUUUUAUUUUCUUACCACAACUGAAAAUAUUUUGCAUAAAGUUCAAAUUAUUCUUAAAGAAAAGAUUUGUAACGCUGUUUUCUAAAAGUUUAUCAAAAGGAUGUUUCAUAAAAAUCAAAUCAUCAAAAAAAAACAUCCUUUUGACAUAUCUUCAACAAAAAACGUGAAGCCCUUUUCUUUUAGGAUACAUUCCUGCUAAAAAACGGGAUUUAGGAGUAACGAAAUUAUCAAGGAGCCAGACAAUAUCUUUAACUUACAAAAUAAUUAAAUAUUGUAAUCACCAAAGAAGAAUUUAAAUUAUGGAAAAUAAAUUGAUAUAGUGGAUUUUAA